UUUGUAUUAUCUAUCCUUCCUCAAAUAUGCACCGCAAAUGAAUAAAGAGCUCUGACAAAAACGUGGAACCAUACCCAAUUGACUUAACAUUCUCGAAAUAGAUCACUCUAGUUUCCAAGUUGAAGAGAAAAGCGUUUAAUUGGAGGACUAAAAAAGUGAUCAUGGCUUGGUCCCUUUCUUCUUGUGCCAUCACAAAGCCAUUUUUGAGGGUCCAAGACAGAAGCUUGAGCCAUGAAGUUCAGAGAACAAAUAGUUCAGUAGCAUUUAUAAGGUGUGAAUCAAAAGAGUUGCCAGAAAAAGGUUCCAAAAAGUUGGAAAUAGGGUCUCCCAUAAUUUUUAUUGAAGCUCCAAAGAUGAUUAAGACUGCAGCUACUAUGCCCUGCCUUAGGGUUAAUUCUGGCCUAGUCAAGCCUGGUGAUGUUGGAAGGAUUGUUUCAAGAAAACCAAAAGAUGUGUGGGCAGUGAGGUUAAGCAUUGGAACUUAUCUUAUAGAUGGGAAAUAUUUUCAGCCCUUGGAUCUGGCUGAGGCUGAGCAUAACUGAAUAAUCAGUUAAUGACUCAGAAAUUCAUCCUAAAACACCUUCACUCAAUGCCAACAUGUUAAAUUAGAUGUGUAAUAUUUUUGUAUAUUUUUUUACUGUAUUCUGUAAAUUAAUCGAGUAGACUAUGAAAUUAAUGUUUUUCUUUUUGUUAAAGAAAAAAACAUAUUGCCCUAUUUUAUGUAUUUAUUGGUAAAUAUAGUAGCUUAAUCUCUCA